AUGAGUGUUCUCAAAGAAUUUAUGCAAAGUUUUAGAAAAUCAUCGUUUAAAGAAGUUUUUAUUAUAUUGAAUGUUGAUAUAUUUCCUCAAGUUACAAAUUACAUAAACCUGAUAGAAAAUAUAAAGUUCGAAGAUGGCUCUUACCAUGCAUAUUUCGGAGAGGUUAAAAAAGUGAUCAAUGGCUUUCUCACUUAUUAUAAAUUCGUUAUAGACGACGUUAUACAGGAAGCCGACAAAUGCACAAAUGUUAUGAAUCGCAACGAACUGUUGGUGCUAAUAGAUAGAACUAUUGAUAUCCACCAGUCUCGACAUAUUUUUUUUGGAAGAGAAUAUUUACCUGUUCAUACUGCAGCUGAAAAACAGUCGUAUGAAGAAAUGGAACAACUGUUUCAGCAGUACAUGGAAAAGCUGCUGGAAUUAAAAAACAAUAUAGAAAGACUGGACAAACAGGAAAAAGUUGAUGAUUUCAUUAAGGAUCAUUUUAAAAUGUCCAUCAAAGGGACUCAUGAACUAUUUGAGCUGACGCACACUUAUUUGGCACUGUUGCUAGCUGACCGAAUCAACCAAAUCCGCGUGAGCGUCGAAGAGAUCCACUUACGAGCGCGGAACAACCUGCGCAAGAUACAAGCGGAGUGCGGCGAGAAACUGAACGCUUUGUUGCAGCAGCUGUAUGAUAGGAACAAGAGCCUGCUGCAAGUCAACCGCCAGCACCGCAAGUGUUCCGUCGCCGUUGCUGAAGCAAGUCGCAGUAUAGACCGCAUCCGCUCCAAGAUCGAAGAGUAUUCCUAUGACCCGCCCAUCUCCCGGCUGGAAGAAGAAGUCGCGUACUGGGAGGACCGCGUCAACGAGUUCCACCAGAUUGCGGGGAAACUGGUGAUGCUUAAGAAGGAGCAAGCAGACGUCAUAAAGCAGGAAGAGAUCUAUCAAUCUAUGAAAACAACUGAGCUUCCCGGAUCGAAACGUAUUUGCUGGUGGACCAUGGGCAAAAACUUCGCACAAAGAAAGGAAUACCUAAAAGAUAGAAUCUUGGAGGCUGCCAGACCUUUGAUGUCUUAUUUCUCUAUUCGAGGAACCGACCGCCUGUUUUACACGGACAACAUCGGCUCUUAUUACGUGGACGAGUACAACCACCAAGUCUACGUGUUUGAUUACGGGAUGGGAAUUUACCAUCUCAACUGCGAAGGCGAUUUCAGAGAGGUGUCAGACAGAGACGUCCACUACUUCGACACUCGCGGCCGCUACGUCCUUGACUCCGAAGGGCAGAAGGUUUACCAAUGUGCGCCCUGCACUAGUACCUACAAACUGUGCAGCUCUGAUCUCCUGAAGAAGACCACGAAGGACUGCGGACACUCGGAGAAGAUGAACAAGAAGUGCCGGAUGACUAUUAAAGACCCGAGGAGCGGCGAGAUACUGCCUGAUGUGGAGAAUGUUGAUAUCAAAAGUUCCCUUGACUCUGAAGUGGUGCGUUACCUCUGGGACAGCUUCGGGCAUGUACUACCGUUCGCCCUGCACGACGUGGGACGCGAUCGCACUAAGAACCCCAUACAGCAUCUGGCGCAUAAGCUGCUGUUUCACAAGUAUAAUAAAACAAUUUCUGAACUCGAUAAAAAGAAGAAAGAAGCCCAAGAUUAUCGCGCCAAAAUAUUCCAGGACAAAAAAGAUAAAGCAAUCGCGGCCAGCAAGGCGUGGAAGGCCAAGCAAGUGCCACGCAGCAAGCCUGAGGAGUCCUACGACGACUCCGACCAAAGGGCCCACGACGCGCAGGCGACGACGCAGAUAUUCCUCACCUCUUUGCAGUAUAUGAACUACGACUGACUUGAAUUGGGAUUUUUACAGGCUUAUUUUAAUAUUUGUACAAUGUUGCGUUAAUAAAUAUUACUUAUUUAAAUA